UAUCCUCCCAGUCAAUCACCAGGCUGCAGCCAUCCGCCGUCCAGCCCCACCCCCGCUCGGAUCGACCACCCAGUCGUUCCCUCGGCGCACCAGGCGGCGCCGCCAUGGACGCCACGCUGCUGCUCUCCGCCAACGCCGCCCUCGCCGCCCGGCGCCGCCCUUCUACGCCCGCGGGACGCCCGGGGCGGGUUGUGCCGGGGCGGGGCCCGGCGUCCUGCAGGCCCGUCCGCGCGCGCGCCGCAGCAGCGGCCGCGCCAGCCGCGGGAGGCGUCGACGGGCAAAGCAAUGGAGUUUACACGGUUGGUGACUUCAUGACGACAAGGGAAAAUCUCUACGUUGUCAAACCUACAACUUCAGUUGACGAAGCCCUUGAGAUGUUGGUGCAGCACAGGAUCUCUGGCUUCCCUGUGAUUGACGACAACUGGAAGCUGGUUGGGGUCGUAUCAGAUUAUGAUCUGUUAGCAUUGGACUCAAUGCCAGGAAAUGGACUGGCUGACACAAAUACAAACAUGUUCCCUGAGGUGGAUAGUACUUGGAAGACAUUCCGUGAGAUACAGAGACUAUUAAACAAAACUAAUGGCAAAGUCAUUGGUGAUGUAAUGACUUCUUCACCUCUUGCGGUGCGUGAAAAUACUAAUCUUGAUGCUGCCAUAAGGUUGCUACUUGAAACCAAAUACCGAAGAUUACCUGUAGUUGACAGCACAGGGAAACUAGUUGGGAUGAUAACAAGGGGAAAUGUCGUCGGAGCUGCUCUCAAAAUAAAGAAGAAAUCUGAAGAAGGCGCUUGAAUCGCACAGUGCCUUGGCAUUCAAUUCAUUGAGACAUUGAUUGGUGAACUUCAUUACAUAUACACUGAGUGCAGCUCCAAGUUCUACCUGGACACCAGCAGAUGGAUAUGGUGUUGUAUGCAGAUUAAUAUAAGUUGCAAAGGGCUCUGAUAUAGUUUCAUAUAAGGACUACUAUAAUUCAUUUGAGGUAAUCAUACUUGGUUCCCUCUCAAUAUUAGGUGGUGCUAGCGUAGUGGUGUAUAGGUUAAUUUAUAUAGUGAAAUUUAGAGCUUGUGAUAUGAUGGGAAUCUUUGGAUUGAGGUAACAGUAUUAAAAACUGUGUUAUGAUUCCAGCAUGUCCUUGAGAACUAUGUUUCAUCCGCAGCAGACCAGCUUAAAACAAACACUCUGGUUCACGGUGCUUAUUGUUUUACAGUUGGGCAUAAGAAGAUAGAUGAAAUGAUCACCUUA